AUGGGGUUCUUCACUUUUAUCAAGGUCAUGAUGAUCCUCUUCAACCUGGCCAUAUUCCUUGGUGGUGGGACCCUCCUGGGAGUUGGCAUCUGGGCCACAGUGGAUGGACAGUCAUUCCUGGACAUAUUUGGGCCGCUUUCCUCUAGCAUCCUGCAGGUUGUGAAUGUGAGCUACUUCCUCAUUGCCAUCGGUGCCAUCUUGCUGGUGAUUGGCUUCCUUGGGUGCUGUGGUGCCCAGAAGGAGAGCAAAUGUCUCCUGAUGAUGUUCUUCUCGGUGGUGCUGAUAAUCCUCAUUGCUGAAAUUGCUGCUGCUGUGGUGGCCCUGGUCUACACAGGUCUUGCAGAGACACUGCUGACGACUGUGUUAACGCCUCUUCUGAAGGAGAAGUAUGGGGUGGAUAAGAGUUUCACGCACAUCUGGAACCUCACCAUGACAGAGGUCCAUUGCUGUGGUCUGAAUAACUACACAGACUUCAACAGUUCCUCCUGGUUGCAUGAACACGGAACCUACCCAGCACCCUGCUGCGCUGACGUGAUGCCCUGCACUGACACGCUCGCCGCGCAAAAAAAUGUCACGGGUUGUUUCAAACAAAUCUUACACGAAAUCAAGACUAAUGCAGGUGUGGUGGGUGGUGUGGCAGCUGGCAUUGCUGCCUUGGAGAUUGCGUCCUUGGUGGUUUCCAUGUACCUGUACUGCCAUCUGGAUCAGAAGUGA